GCUCUAGUUUGCUUGAGCGAAGAAUAUCCAACCCAAAAAGAAAAGGAGAACCAAAAAAAAAAAAAAAUUGACUAUAGCAACAUCAGCAUAGUCAUCAACAAGAUCAUCCGGAUCAUCUUCAUCGUCCAUCAAACAUCAUUCUCUCUCACACUCCUCCACUCACUCCCUAACCCACCACUCUCUCUCUCUCUCUCUCUCUCUGCUGCUGCUUCUAGGCAGUGCUGUUAAUCUAAUCACUACAGAAGGAGAGAGUAGAAGAAGAAUCCCUCAGAAUAAUGGCUAUUUUAUAUGACAUUCCCCUUGUUACACCUCUAGCGGUCCUCUAUUUACUCCUCCUAUCUCCGGCACCACCCCCUGUCCUCGCCUUUAACAUCACAGCCCUUCUCUCAUCCAUCCCGGAGCUAUCCUCCUUCGCAUCCCUUGUCUCCACCACCAUCUCCUCCGAUCUCUCCCACCGCACCUCCCUCACGCUCCUCGCCAUCCCUAACCCUUAUAUCUCCUCCUCCGACCUUCUCACGCGCCGCCUCUCUUCCACCUCUCUCGCCGACGUCCUCCGCUACCAUGUCCUCCUACAGUACCUCUCCUGGUCCGACCUCCAGAAGAUCCCAUCCUCCGGGGUCCUCGUUACAACUCUCUUCCAGACCACCGGUCGCGCCACCAGCAACUACGGCUCCGUCAACAUCACCCGCAACCCUUCCAACGGCGUCGUCUCGAUCCACUCCCCGGCUCCUUACUCCCCCUCCAACGCCACCGUUCUCUCCCUCGUCAAGACCCUUCCCUAUAAUGUCACCAUCUUGGCAGUCAAUUCCCUCCUCGUCCCCUACAACUCCGAUCUAGUCGCCUCCGAGUCCCGCCCGCCUCUGGGGCUCAACAUCACAAAGGCAUUGAUCGACGCCAGCAACUUCAACGUCGCUGCUUCGAUGCUGGCGGCCUCGGGCGUCGUGGAGGAGUUCGAGGCCGACGAGGGCGGUGCUGGGAUCACGCUCUUCGUCCCGACCGACACCGCUUUCGCCGAUCUUCCGACGACGGUGAGGCUUCAGUCUCUGCCAGCAGAUAAGAAAGCGGUUGUCUUGAAGUUCCACGUGCUCCAUUCCUACUACCCAUUAGGUUCUUUGGAGUCGAUUGUGAACCCGGUCCAGCCCACAUUGGCCACCGAGGCCAUGGGAGCUGGGAGCUUCACCCUCAACAUUUCGAGGGUUAAUGGGUCGGUUGCGAUUGAUACUGGGAUUGUUCAGGCGUCAGUGACUCAGACCGUGUUCGAUCAGAACCCGGUGGCCAUCUUCGGGGUCUCGGAAGUGCUGUUGCCAAGGGAGGUAUUCGGGAAAGGCCCUCCGGUGAAUGCCAAACCUGGAAGCCCCGUAAUGGCAGGUGCCCAACCGCCCGAGAGCACGUCUUCACCCGAGAAUUCUCCGGGCCUGAAUGGCCCGCCCUCGCACCUUUCGUCUCCGCCAGGUUUCCGCCAAGAAAUCACAUCGGAAGCGGCCAUUGCUGGUGGUCUUCGGAGCUUGGUACUCGCUAUGUUUUGUAUAGGAUUGUAUGUAGUCGUAUGAGAUUAAUUAUUUAUUUUGCCUCAUAAUUAUUGGAUUUUUUUUUCUUACACACGGUGAAUUAAAUUGGCAAAUUGGGAUGCACAAGCAGCCUGAUUUCUCAAAUUUUCCUUCUUAUUGAAUAUCAA